AUGUGGGGGAACUCGGUGUAUUGGCCUGUUGUAUAAAUACAUAAUCAGAGUGCGAUCAUUACCCAGUUGCCACUGCUAAGCGUUCGGAUUUGUGUGGUGUGUCCGAUUCGUGCGGAGCAGUCAAGCCCCCAAGAUUACAUCUCGUGAGUGAGUGCGUGCAAGUGCCAAAGGAAUAUUGUGAUAAGAGUGCGUGCAGCUCCGAUCGAGGUAGAGAAUCUGGCGAUCUUAAGGCAUUCCAGAGAAGAAGGGAGAUUUGCUGCAAGAGUGUCUUCUUUGUGUAGCAGCUUUCAGCUUUAUUUGCAAUUUUCAUUCCUCUCCUCUGCAAUUAAUCCGCUAGUACCAUUGCAAGAACACAAGCACACAACCAGAUCGUACAGUGAUCAUUAAAUCUGAAACGGUAUCAGUGAAUGAAUAAAAAAAAGAAUUUGCAAUAAUUAGAGUAAUAAUCGGAUAGUGUGAAUUUGUGUGCAAAAGUGAAAGUGAGUGGUAACUUUAAAAUUGGCUGGAAAAAAAAAGUAGAGUAUGCCACCAAAGCCACAAGAGAGCAUUCCCGUGAUCGGUGAUCGAUUGCGGGAGGCCCCCACAGAAUCCACGACAGAUCACUGCGAAACCACAGAGCCUCAGGGUGAAUGUGGCUAUGUGAAUAGAGUUUUUGAGAGUGAUGAGAAAUCCUCAGUGUUGGAUUUGCAUCCUCCGCAGAAACCCAAGGGCAAUCCCGUCACCAAGAUCAUCGAUUUCGAUGAUCUCCUUCCGCACGUUGGUGAAUUUGGACUGUUUCAGAAGAUCCUCUUCCUCUGCAUGAUCCCAUUCGCCUUCUUCGUGGCCUUUGUCUACUUCUCGCAGAUUUUCAUCACACUCGUACCAGAGGAACAUUGGUGCAUAGCACCUGAAUUGAGCCACUUGGAUCUCGACACGAGAUUGAGACUGUCUGUGCCAAAAGUGAAUGUUGACGAUGGUGGAUUCACGUACAGUAAAUGUCUGAUGUAUGAUGUGAAUUAUACGGAAAUCCUCGAAUCGGGAAUUACAGAGCCCGACCCCACCUGGCCAGUCACUUCCUGUCGUCAUGGUUGGGAAUAUAACUUCACGGAUAUUCCAUAUGAAACUGUAGCGACACAGUUCGAUUGGGUAUGCGAAAAUUCCGCUCUGCCAACGAUAGCUCAAUCGAUAUUCUUCCUGGGUGCCAUUGCGGGCGGUCUGAUCUUUGGCUGGAUCGCUGAUCGUUUUGGAAGAAUACCGGCUCUGGUGGGAUGCAAUCUGAUAGGAUUUGCUGCGGGAGUUGGAACAGCCUACGUCAAUAAUUUCUGGGAGUUCAGUCUAUGUCGCUUUCUCGUUGGAUUCGCCUUCGACAACUGCUUCACCAUGAUGUACAUUCUCGUGUUGGAGUACGUGGGGCCUAAGUGGAGAACCUUUGUAGCCAAUAUGUCCAUUGCCAUAUUUUUCACAAUUGCAUCAUGCUCACUACCCUGGAUCGCUUACUACUUGGGAGACUGGAAGAUGUUCACCAUUGUGACUUCGGCACCACUGUGUCUUGCCAUUUUAACACCAUUCAUCGUUCCGGAAUCAGCAAGGUGGUUGGUGUCACAAGGAAAAAUUGAGAAAGCCAUAAAAAUUCUGAAGAAAUUUGAGAAAAUCAAUGGGAAGGAUGUAUCACCGCAAAUUUACAAAGAUUUCUCGGAGAGUUGUGCCAAGAUCCAGGAAGAGGAAGCCCAGUCCCAGAGCUAUUCAGUACUGGACUUAUUCAGGACGCCACGCCUGCGAAAGAUAACAAUCGUUCUAGUGCUAAUUUGGAUGGCGAUCUCACUGGUAUUUGACGGUCAUGUGCGAAAUGUUGGAUCUCUGGGUCUGGAUAUCUUUUUCACUUUCACCGUGGCCGCAGCUACAGAAUUCCCAGCCGAUACUCUGCUGACCCUGACGCUGGAUCGCUGGGGAAGACGAUGGCUGGCGUGCGGCACGAUGGUGUUUAGUGGAGUGUUCAGUCUGCUGGCCACUGUAGUGCCCGUUGGUGUCUAUUCGGCCACAUUGGCCAUACUGGGCCGUUUUGCCGUCAACAUUUCCUACAACAUUGGCCUUCAGUAUGCCGCUGAGCUGCUUCCCACCGUGGUGAGAGCCCAAGGUAUCGCCUUCAUACACAUCAUGGGAUAUGUGGCUAGCAUCGUGGCGCCCUUCGUGGUAUACCUCUCCAACAUUGCCAUAUCUUUGCCCCUGGUGGUACUGGGAAUUAUUGGGAUCAUCGGAGGAUUGCUUUCUCUCUUCCUGCCCGAAACCUUGAACCACGAACUACCUCAAACUCUUGCCGAUGGCGAAGACUUUGGCAGAGGACAACGCAUUUGGGACUUCCCAUGCUGCAACAAAAAACUUGAUGAUGCUGACAAGCAGAUUGAUCAUUUUAAGAGAGCGUCGAGCUCCAGUGUCCGGACGAGAUCUGUACGAGGAUCGGCCCGUGGUGAGAUUCGUUCGAGUAUCAUCCAGCGUUCCUCAGUAAGAUCCAGAAAUGCCACGACGUCUCCUUAAGGAGAAGUCAAACCUGACAACCUCUUAAGCAUCUCGUGAAGAAGAUGCUUUGUGUGAUGAUGAGGGCCAGAAUCUAGUCAGUCAUUGCUACGCCAUAAGUCAAUUAAUCUUCACAUUUUGACCCCUUUCGGCUUCCACUUGGGCACAAAGCGGAAGGAUUUUCCCCAUUGUAUUGUAUACAAUUCCUGACGAAGCAAUUAGAGCUGAAAUCUUGUAUCCGAAUUAACUUGAUGACACUCCAUUCCCCAUGGAAUAAGCAGAGUAGGGAUAUAAUGUAAAUACUGGCUGCCAUUGAAUUCUUUUUUUCAUCAACUUCUGUGGGAAACCUCAAGGAAGCAAUUAGUGAUUUAGCGAGAAGACAUUCUCUGAAUAAAUCUUAGCCUCGAUUCCUUUCCCCUAUCUUCAACUUCUUAUAAUAUUAUUUGUCCAUUCUUAAAUUGUAGCGAUUUUAAACAUUUUAAAGUGAUUUAAUAUUAUGCUUAUUUCAUUGUAAGUUCUCCAUACUUUUUGCAUUUUGUCAUGUAAGUGAAAUAAACGAGAGAAUUUAGUAGAUAUAAGAGAAAGACAUAAUAAAAGGCAUAUGAACAUAAA